CGUGUUGCCACGUAUGGAAAGCCGUUUAUAACUGAAACUUUAACUACUCCAGCAUUCUCUUCUCAAUCAUUCACAACAACAGAUCACGAAGCGAAAUCAUCACGAGAGAGAGAGAGAGAGAAUGGCGGCGAUUAGAGGUGCUGUCUUUAUUGGAAGAAAAGCAAACUCAUCUCUAUUUCCUGUCCCUAGAUAUCUCAGAACCAGAUUCCAUGUCCCUGCUGCUUCACAUCCUUUCCAUGGACCCAUUUCACAUGCCCAUCGCCCAUCUGGAUUGAAGUAUCCAAUUCGCGCUAUACACGAGGCAACUGUGAAUCCUGUUGCUCCCAGUAAGGAUGAUGUAGGGAAAUCGCCAGAUAAUUGGAAGGUUAAAAUGCUGUAUGACGGAGAAUGCCCGCUUUGCAUGCGUGAGGUCAACAUGUUAAGAGAGAGGGAUAAGCAAUAUGGAGCAAUCAAGUUUGUCGACAUAAGCUCAGAUGAGUACAGUCCGAAGGAGAAUCAAGGCCUUGACUAUGAAACAGUUAUGGGAAGAAUUCAUGCCAUCUUAUCUGAUGGAACAGUAGUCACAGAUGUUGAGGCAUUCCGAAAACUAUAUGAAGCAGUUGAUCUGGGAUGGGUUUAUGCCAUUACAAAAUAUAAACCGAUUGCAACAAUUGCUGACGCAGUGUAUGGUGUUUGGGCUAAAUAUCGUCUUCAAAUCACAGGUCGGCCAUCUUUAGAGGAAGUUUUGGAGGCACGAAAGAACAAGGGUGAAGCAUGCAAUGACAGCAAGGUUUGCAAGAUGUAAGCUUUCUCAGCUGUUGCUGGCAGUCAAGAAUAAAGGAUCAUGGUAAGAGUGUGUAGCUUAGCCAGGUUUUGGAUCCCACCUCUCUAUUUCAUCUUAUACACUUGCCCUGAGAGGGGAUUUAGAUAUAUGAUUUUCCCUAAGAACGAUGGUAGGAAAGAAAACGUGUUGUAAAUCAUCUCUUUCUACAUUUAGUUGGUACUUUGACUACAGAACUGACGUGCGAAAAUAUUUGUAUGCAUCCAAUACUAUAUCAAAUUUAUCA